UGCAUGAUGUUGUGUAUCUGCAUUCUGGCUGCAACUGUGCCUUCCAUUCGCACUUAAUCUGUCAAGAUUUCUCCCCUCCUCACACAUGAGAUCGGUGCAGAAGUAUACUGGCACUGGGAGAGAGAGCGAGAGAAAAGAGAGAGACAGAAGGAGAGAGAGUGUGAGCGCGAGAGAGAGAGAGAGAGAGGCUGUGUGUGGCUCAGACUGCGCAGUGAUGCCUUGGCAGCUUCGGGAACCAGGCGCACGUUCGUUUCAGUAAUAUCCUCUUAUUCCUUCUUCCAGGCUUCGGAAGAGGAGAUGCAGACCAUAAGGAUCUCCAGCGGUCUGUCAGGACUGCAUGGGAAAGCUAACCUCAGACUCGAGCAGGAAUAAGCCGAAUCCCUGGUAGGGAGCAGAGAAUUUAUACACACAACCCUCAUGAGAGGUUGCCUACUGCGAAAAACCAUGAAAAAGAUAUAUAUUGGGAAAACGGCCCUUAAAACCCCUCGAAAUGGUUGUAAACAUCAGAAAAAGAGCUCUCUGCAGGAACAGAAGGAAGACCUGCGGAAGCGUCUCUCUUACACCACUCAUAAGCUGGAGCUUUUAGAGCGUGAGUUUGACUCCACGAGGCAGUACCUGGAGACAGAGCUGCGCAGAGCCCAGGAGGAGCUCGACAAGUUCACCGACAAAUUACGCCGAAUACAGAGCAGUUACUCAGCACUGCAGAGGAUCAACCAGGACUUAGAGGAUAAAAUACACCGAAAUUCACAGCACCACGAUGAUGAGAAACGGGCUCUCAGCCGAGAAAUCAUCGUCCUGAACAAUCAUCUCAUGGAAGCUAAGAUGACCAUAGAGAAACUGAGAGAGGAUAAUGACUUAUACAGGAAGGACUGUAACCUGGCUGCACAGCUCUUGCAGUGCAAUAAGUCACACUACAGAGCCCAGUUAUCUGAGUUGCCUGCAGAGUUUCAGGAGCGUGUGAGCUUGCACAUGGAGGGUUCUUCCCUCUGCCACUCCCCAUAUGCCGACACAGUGCCUGCCUCUGUCAUUGCUAAGGUCCUGGAGAAACCAGAUGAGGUCUGCAGCCGUCAAGCCUCUCGCUCACCUAGCCCACAACCCCAGGAACGCCAGGGCUUCCUCGUGGGCACCAGCCUUGUGGGUAGCACUGAGCGCCUCGGCCUCCGAGCUACUUACAAGUCAGAUCUGUACAGCAGUGACACCGCACUUUAUUGCCCUGACGAACGGAGACGAGAGCGCAGACCCAGCAUGGACCUCCAUGGACAGCGGAAGGUUUAUGAACCCCAGAACUCCACUGAUAGCAACCCAGAAGAGGGAUCCAUGGCACUGCAGCCUGGCUUCUCGCAGGACCACUUCAGGAAGUUUACAACCUCUCUGGGAGGCGGCUCCAGCUCUUACUCCAGCUUUAGUGCAGGAGGGUCCGAAGACAAGGGUCAGGAUCCUCCGAGCAGUGCUGCAUCUUCUCCUCGCCACCCUGCCCUUUACAUGGAAUGGAGGGAUGGGGCUGAAUACGAGCACAAAAGCGACUCUUCCUGGGAGAGGGAGAGUCCAAGCGCCUUCACAAAGGCCCAUGCUUUCCAACCACCUGAGACAAGCCACCAUCAGAAUGGUAGCUCACCUAUCUACAGCAGAACAAUGUCCUCCUGUUACAGUGAACCUUACGAGCCCUUGCCAACUUCCACUUCACCCAGCAUCACCUAUGGUGACAGUCGCCGUGGAAGUGCUUUUGCUCCUGAGGAAGAAGAGCUGAUUGGUCGGUGGAGGCAAUUGAGUGUGGAGGAUCUGAGUGCGCACUCAUACCGCAGUCCCGGGCGGGCCUCACCUUACAGCUUCUCUGAGCAGCACUUCUCUGUCCGGCCUGCAAAAAUUCGCCUUGGUCCUCUCUACAGUAGCUUCCAGGAGGGUACUGAUGUAUACCACCAUCAUGCUGGGGUACUAGACCCCUUCUCCAGCCCCAGCCCUGAUUGCAGCCCAGGCCUACGGCAGCAGCAAAGCCAGCCUCACCUGUACCACUCCAAGGAGGAUAGCCAAGAGUCUGAGCAAAGCCUCUACAGCCCCAAGGACGGUGUGGUGGCAGCUGGGGGACAGGCAACAGAGUACGUUGACGUAAGUCCCAACAGUUCAAAUGAGUCACUGGACCAUGGAUCUCUGGAAAUGGCUGCAGAGCUGCAGCAUUAUCAACCCGAGAGGCACAGCGUGUCCCCUCAGGGAACCACCCCACCACCUCCUCCACAACAACCGUACCAAAAAUUUGGCACACUAGGGCUGUCACGCAAGGACAGUCUCACCAAGGCACAGCUCUACGGUACUCUACUAAACUAAGAGUAGGGUUUCCUGGUUAAUCCUCUUUUAUAGCUCUGUGGGACUCUACUAAAGUAAGAGCAGGGUAUCCCGGUUACCUGCUUUUGUCAGUAGGAUUCGAAUGUUAAGCUACAGUUUGAGCCAAACACAUGAUGGGAUUUUCUGUUGAAUAUUUUCAGUCCAUCUGCUUUUUUCUCUCUAUUUUUCUCUCUAUUUAUGUAUCUUUUACAGUGUUUUCUAAACAUCGAACAUAACCGGCUCAUGUUUCUACAGUUGAUAUGAAGCUCUAGCCUAACACUCAGCACUAUUUGUAUAGCCUAUUUUGAAAGUUUAUUAAUGGUUCUGUGUGGUUUGUGAGAAAGUAUUUUAAGUGCAUUAGGUGCAUUAUGGAUUUUUGGAAACUUGUCUUCAGAGAGAUUAUCUUCUUUGUUUUACCAAAAGCCUUCUGGGCUCAAAAAGGGUUUGUGAAUGGACAGCACAUGCUUUGUAAAAAGAAAUGCUAAUUUUGACAAGAAAUUC